UUGCAGGUGCGCGGGGUCCUUUGACGUCACUAGAAAGCGACGCUGGUUAGCUAGCGUGUUUGCUGCGGUCACCUAAUCGGUGACAGUCGGAUCCACUCCGGGAUAAAUUAAACACACAGAGACAAUAUUUAACCUCGUGGAGAUUCGUCUGUACGAACCUGCUACGCGGUGUUUGUCUGCGGUGUUGCGGGAACAUGUGGAGCUCAGGCCGCCGCGUCCUUCACGAUGCGCUCGCUGCUUCUGUCAGGAGUUUAUCUCUGACUCCUGCUCAGAACACAGUUGUGGUGGAGCGAUGGUGGAAGGUCCCCUUGUCCAAAAUAGGCAGCCCGCCGAGGCUUCACCCCCGAAGGCACAGAAUCUACAAAGUAGUUGAAGACACCAAAAGGGCCCCCAGCGAGAAGAUGGAGCUCAUUCUGACUCAGACCGUACCGAAGCUCGGUGGACGAGGAGACACUGUGUUUGUGAAAAAAUCAAUCGGCAGAAACAAGCUGCUGCCACAGGGUCUCGCAGUGUAUUCAUCACCAGAGAACAAACAGAUGUUCGAGGAGGAGUUAAGACUUCUGCGUGAGGGGAGACCAGAGGACAGAAUCCAAACCCGAACUGCACAAAUGACACUAGAUUUCCUCAAACGCUCAAAGCUGCAGAUAAACAAAAUGCCCUCUGAGGAAUUCCAGCUCACUAAAGAGGUCGUCUGCCGACAGUUUCUGAAGAAGCUGGGAGUUGUCGUGCCACCUCAUGCACUGACUCUUCCAUUUGAACCAAUCAAGGAGUUGGGCGACUAUUGGUGUGAAGUGACGGUUAAUGGAAUAAACACUGUCCGUGUCCCAAUGUCACUGAUGCCAUAUGAAGACCCAUCUGCAUCUUAUCAGCGGCAGAUGAAGAGACAAAAGCAGCAGCAAGAGGCGGCAGCCGCACAAACUGCAGCGGCUGCUGAAGCAGAUGAAGUUCUUAUGGAGGCUGUUUCUGACGCAGCAGUGGAGGCUGAAGCUGGUAAAGACUCCGUGAGUCAAGUUAGAGAAGAUUCAGCCUCAGCAGAAGCUUCUGCAGCUCAAGAAACAAUCUCAGAUACACAGACAACUCAAGAUACAACAGCACCGCCUAGUGACAGCCCGAAAAAAGACUGAGGACUUAAAAUGAAGAUGUUCACACAACUGAAAAUGGAUUGUUUGUCUAAAAUACACAUUAUACCUGCAUAAAAACACAAGGACUCUUUUCAGAAAGGUUUCAAAUGAAUGGAAACUGCAGUGUCAAAGAACUCGUGGAGGAUUAAAGUCUAACAUGAUUUAAAUAUUUUA